GUCAACAUAAAGCAAUUGGAACGGAAUGGAUGUUUUAGUCAAGGAAGGAGUUCUCCCACUCAGUCACACACUUUGUUUCAAUUUUGCCUAUUGCCAUUCUUUUACAUUUAUAUAUAAAACAGACCUCCGUGUCUUUGCUUGAUUUGUAUCACCUGAGUUUGGUUGGUUCAGAUUAAUUUGAGACAUAUACCAGAUAAGGUAGGGUGGAAGAGGAGGGAUGAAGAUGCCGAUAGGGUUCAGGUUCCAUCCGACAGAUGAAGAGCUGGUGGUUCAUUACUUGAAGAGAAAGGCCUUAAGCCUUCCCUUACCUGCUUCAGUCAUUUCCGAGUUUGAUGUUUUGGGGACUCAUCCUUGGAGCUUACCAGGAGAGGUGAAUGAAAAGAGGUAUUUCUUUAGCAGCAGAGGCAGAGACGGAGGGGGCAGUGGUGGGUACUGGAAGCCCAUUGGGAAAGAGAAACCAAUAAUAGAAACAGGAAGCAAUGAGGUGGUAGGGAUGAGAAGAGCUUUGAUUUUCUGUGGAAGGAAGCCUUCUAAUCACACCAACACUCGAUGGUUCUUGCAUCAGUAUCGCCUUCUUCAUUUUAAUUCAACUCAGAUGGUAAAGGGGGAAAUGGAUGGAGAUUGGCUAGUUUUCCAAGUGUUUCAGAGGAAAAGAAAAGCUAGAAAACAUGCAGCGAAGAUGGCUACUUGUAUCGAUUUCACAGCUGAAGACUGCCCCGUGUUCUAUCCACCUCCUCCACCCACUUCACCAAGUUCAAGUGAAAUUACAGAGGUGUCCCCCAAUGGCUUAGAUGAGGAAGAAAGCAGUUCUUUCAUUACUUCUUGUAUCAGAAACUAGUGACAAUCACUUAUAUCACAUCUUUUACUAUUUUCACUCUUCCAUAAGAAAAUGAGGAAAUAGGUAAAAAAAGGAAAAGAGAAAAAGGCAAGUUCAUCGUGUUGUGCAAGCAAAAUCCAAAACCUUUUCAGUUACCAUCA